AUGACGACGCUGACGGUGCGGCGCCGUGCGGUGUGUGCCCUGGCGCUCCUUGCGCUGCUCUGCGGCUGCUGCUGCGCCUCCGUCUGCGGGGCGACCGCUGGGGAGGCGGCCCCGAAGUGUAAUGUGUCGGUGCCGGUGGAGGUGUCGUGCCGGGGGACUGGAGAGAAUUUGAGGUUUCGGGUGCGUGGGAAUGAGACGUGGGUGACUUGUGCGUUGGACGCCGAGGAUCGCACUGCGUUGAGCAACACAAGUGGCGCUCUCGCUGCGUGGGAGAAGGCGGGGCACACCGUCGCCGGUGCUGAGGUGAACUUCUGUGACGCGGGCGGGGACCUCACGGAGAACAUUUGCAUCGCGGCCGAGUUUCUCUACGUUUUCCACCAGUGCGGUGCCCGCUGUGCGGGACACGCGGCAGAGAACACUGUGGCGUUCACGAUGAACAUUAUGGACCGUGAGGAGGGUGAGCUGCACAAGGAGCUGCAGGGGGCACAGGCUCGUGGUGGAGAUACGCCGCAAAAUUCAGGGAGCCGCGUUGACGAUGCGGGCGAGACGGGCGUCUGUCCGUUAACAGCAGCCCCUCAAACAGCCAAAGAGGAGGAAGCGGAUGCGCUUACGGGCACUGCGGGGCGAGAGGCUUCGCCACAGCCCCAAACCGGCGGGCUGCCGCAAGGCGCGGCGGCGGGCCCGAGCACCGCCACGGAUAACACCGCGCCCCCCGCACAGGCCGAUGCGUCCGGCGUUGGCUCUGCGGUCACCGGUGUCACUGUCGCCGCUGGAAAUCAGGCGAGGACAACUCCAUCAGUUCCCUCCGCAGGUAGCGGUGUGGCUGCCGGCGGUCAGACUGAAGAACUGAGGGAGGAGAAUGCCGAAGACACCGCAGAGUCCGAUGACGCUCGAGCACCUGCAGAGAGCGAGGCUAAAACGCCAGCGGCUGGGCCCAUCGCCACCAGCACAGACGACACCGCGACGCCGACUGACGGUGACAGCGGCAGCAGCCCCGCGACGCAGCCGCAGCCGGGGAGUUCCAUGGGGACAAACGAAUCUGGUCAGCGAGAGCAGGAGCAACCCGCAGUCACCACCGCACCCAAGCAGGAAACGGAAAGGAGUGGUGAGAGAAGAGGAGAAGCCACACAGCCGGCAGCGGGGGCGGCUGCUCAAGCGGCGACCACCUCCACCAACUCGACGAGUGCAGCGAAGGCGGCGCCCGGCGACAGCGACGGCAGCAGCACCGCGGCCGCGCCCUCCGCCUCCCCCCUUGCGCUGCUUCUUCUGCUUGCGUGUGCGGCUGCCGCUGCGGUGCUGGCCGCAUGA